AUGGCGAGCACGUUGGCACAUCCACCAGACGACAGGUUCUUCAAACAAUACCACUCGGGAGUUGAGAGCAUGCGUUGCGCGCAGCGCAUACUCGCAAAUAGUCACCGUGUGUUCUUCCGUAUUCCCAUGGACGAGUCUGGCCUCCCGGCGCACGACCUUGACAAGUAUGAUCGUCUAUUGGUCGAUGUAUACGUUGAGGAAAACGAUGGUGAUGAAUGUAUCUUGCUGGCGGAACGCAUUGCCGAAGAGGGUCAUACGUUUCUCAUCCUGGACGGAGGACUCGACAAAGAUGUGUUCGACGCAAUGGUUCGGGCGAAACAGGCACAUUCUGGUUCUUUCCAGCUUCCAGGUGAAACCAGACAGUUCCCAUUUAGACCAUGGGACACGCGCAAUGAGAGCAGCACAUCUACGCAGGAACAUCCGGUCGACGACGAUCACAUGCGACAGCCUUCCGCAAUUUCAAAAGACUAA